AUGGCUGACAUAGAAAUACUUCUAUUAUUGUAUUUAACUUUUUCUUUAUUUUGCUUCUGUCACGCUUCAACCAAUUAUGCACAACUCAAACAAGCAAUAAAUUGCACCUACGUGAACACCGAGGGCGGUGAUCUAAGCGACCAUGCUGUCUGGUUAGCCAAAAGAGACAAAACAAUCACCGAAAACUCUAGUUAUCUUACUGUAAAUGAUGCUGGGAAAUUAAUAAUCAAGCAUCCUGAUGGCGAAAUUGAGUUGUAUUCAGGUCCGUUCGCUUCCCCUGAAAAUUUGACAGCUGAAUUAGAAGAUAACGGUAACUUUGUGCUGAAAGCGAAUUCCGGCGGCCAGACACAAAUAUUAUGGGAAAGCUUUGAUAAUCCGACGGACACGCUUUUGCCUGGAAUGAAAUUAGGGUUUAACAGUAAGAAAAAUAAAAAUUGGUCUCUCACAUCUUGGCUAGGUGAAGAAACUCCAACGCUUGGAGCAUUUACUAUGGAGUGGGAUUAUAUAAAACGCGAAAUCAUCGUUAAACGGCGGAGAGUUAUAUUUUGGACUAGUGGGACCUUGACUUCUGAUAAAUCAUUUGCAAACAUUCCUCUUCCAGAUCCGUACAACCAUAACUAUAGGUUCGAUAUAGUUUCAAAUGGAGAAGAGGAAUCUGUUAGCUACCGGCUUUAUUUUAAUGAGUUCACUCUUGUUGAACGGAGAAAUAUUUCCAGGUGGUUUUUAGAUUACGAUGGAAGCAUAUGGGACGCAGGGAGAACAACAAUUUUGAAUUCUGAAGCUUGCGACGGAUAUAUAACAAAAUAUGGAUGCGUGAAAUGGGAACUCCCGAAUUGUAGGAACGAUGGUUCUAAAUUCGAAUUAAGAAUUUCUAACUAUCAUCCGGAUUAUGUCGCAAAUGAUAAAAAUCAGAGUCUUAGCUUCAGUGACUGUAAAGAUCUAUGCUGGAAAGACUGUAAUUGUACUGGAAUUCGGAAUCAUGUGCUAACUGGAUGCUCAUUCUAUCGCGGACCUUUUGAUUUCACAGGUUUGACAGGGAAUGAACCACAAUUUUAUGCGAUCAUCCCUGGUCCCCGGCGUCCCCCUCUUAAUAAGGUUUGGAAAUGGAUAGUGAUUGCUUUAGCAAUUGUUGUGUUCGCGGCAUUAGUGGGCAUAUUUCUGUAUUUGCGAUGGAAAAAACUCGAACAAGAAGAGAAAUUUCUAAAAGAACUCUUGACGUCAGACGUCAGAUAG